AUGCCUACCAACGAGACGACACCGCUCCUUGGCGACAACGGCAUUUCGCCUGCCUCGGAUAGACAGAUUGAUGAAGAUGAGGUUCUCAAGGUUUCGCCGGAAGCUUGGGCCGAGCGCUUCAUCGAGAAGGGCGAGAGCUGGCGACGCGACUAUGAGCGAAAGCUCAUCCGCAAGGUCGACCUUCGUUUAAUGCCUACCCUCAUCAUCAUGUACCUCCUCAAUUUCCUCGAUCGUUCGAACCUCACCCAAGCUCGACAGGGCACAUUGGAACAGGAUCUGGGGAUGCAAGGCACGGACUACAAUGCCGCUACCAGCAUCUUCUUCGUGGGCUACUUGUUGAUGCAGCUGCCAUCUAAUCUGCUUCUCACGCGGGUUAGGCCAUCUUGGUACCUGGCCUCUUCUUGCUUGCUAUGGGGCAUCAUGUCAACGUCCAAUGCCGCGUCUCAGAACUUCACUCACCUCAUCAUCAUUCGGUUCUUCUUGGGGUUUGUGGAAGCUCCUUUCUUCCCAGGCGCAGUCUUUCUGAUGAGCUCUUGGUAUACGCGCGCCGAGCUCACCCAGCGUAUCGCAUGGUUAUACACCGGCAAUGCCCUUGCAAACAUGUUUGGUGGCCUUCUCGGCGCUACUAUCCUAGGCAGUCUCGAGGGUACUUUGGGCAUUUCCGGCUGGAGAUGGCUAUUCCUUAUCGAAGGCGGUCUCGCCGUUUGUUUUGCGUUGCUGUCAGCAUUCCUCCUGCCUGAUUACCCGCAUACUACUACAUGGCUUGAUUCCGAAGGAAAAGCCUUCGCCGCAUGGCGUUUGCUCGGUGAUUACCGUGAAGCAGAUUCAUACAGUAAUGUCUCUGUCUGGAAGGGUGUUCUGAUGGCGAUCAAGGAUUAUCGUCUGUACGCUUUCAUUGUCUUCCAGCAUACCAGCCUUCUUUCUCAGAGCUUCCAAUAUUUCUUCCCUGUUCUGGUGGGCACAUUAGGCUACGACAAAAUCACGACAUUGUGGCUCACGGUGCCUUGUUGGUUUGCCACUUUUCUCAUUUCCAUUGCCGUAACGUUUACUUCAGCAAAGACUCAAGACCGAUCGAUACAUAUUAUUGGGCUUAUGCUGGUGGCAACCAUAGGUAACGCCAUCGCAGCCACCUCCACCGUGAAUGCUGUGCGCUACUUUGCUAUGUUUUUGAUGCCUAUGGGUUCCAUCUCUGCUUAUCAAAUUCUGGUGGCAUGGGUUGCCAACUCCUUCCCACGGCCGCUGGUCAAGCGUUCAGCUGUCAUCGCCAUCUCUAACAUGAUUGGCAACACCGCAACCAUCUACGGAUCAUACAUGUACCCAUCUUCCACAGGUCCUCGCUAUAUACUGGGAAGUACUAUCAAUACCAUUGUCUGCCUUUUAGUCGUGGCGCUAGCUAUUGCUCUACGAUUUAUGCAUGUACGAGAGAACAAACUGCUUGCGCGAGCUGAGGAGGGGCAGGCUGAAACAUCCGAGGACAGUGAUGUAUCUACGGAGACAAGGAACCCAGGGUUUAGAUACAUCUACUAG